AGUCUCUGUGCUCUCCUGGGGGAGAAAGGUCAAACAAGCUGUUUGGGUGGGAAAAGAGAAUGGAGGAAGUUGACAUAGAUGGGCGGGGCUCUUGGGGGGGCUGACCAGGAACCCAGCUUCCUGCUCAGUACCCAGACAUUCAGCCCCCAGCUCACCCCCACCCCUGCCAGCCCCCCACUCCCCUCAGGAAACCAGCCCUCCUCCUGAAUCCGGGCCACCCCUCCCCCUUGGGCUUCUCCCCUCCCGGGGAUGGAGACUGAAAGACCCCAGGAAGAGGAUGGUGAGCAGGGACACCCUCAUCGUGAGCAGGGCUGGUCCCCUCUGAACUCUACCACUCGGCCUUGGCGAUCGGCUCCUCCGUCCCCCCCUCGGCCAGGGACCCGCCACACAGACCUGGGGCCACGCUCGGCCUCCCUGCUAUCCCUGCAGACUGAACUCCUCCUGGACCUGGUGGCUGAGGCCCAGUCCCGUCGCCUCGAGGAGCAGAGGGCCACUUUCCAGGCUCCCCAGAACGCCCCCAGCCUAACUCCAGCCCCAGCCCGGCCCAUGGAGGAGAGGGAGCGGCUCUACAGCACUAUCCUCACCCACCAGUGCCAGCGGAUGGAGGCCCAGCGGUCAGAGCCGCCCCUGCCCCCAGGGGGGCAGGAGCUCCUGGAGUUGCUGCUGAGAGUUCAGGGUGGGGGGCGCAUGGAGGAGCAGAGAUCCCGGCCUCCCACACACACCUGCUGAGACCCGAGCGCCCCGCCGGCCCUCCUCCCUCCUGGGGCGCAAACUGGGAGCCCACUGCACGCCUGGCUAGGCUUGGCAGGGGCCCCAGAGACUGAAGACGCGGGAGAAACCGCACCCUCGCGGCCCGCACUCCGCACCUUGCCCGGGCACGGCAGGGGUGCGAGGAAGCGCGCCCGCCCUGGCACGGGCAGGUACGCAGGCCUGGACGCCCUCCGCCAGGGCGCCGGAGCUGUCAGGCUCGGAGCCAGGGUGUCACCGGGCGCCCUAGACCCCACUAACGACUGCGCCCCCCACCCCUCCACCCCGGCCGAAGACGGCGGGGGCCGCGGGGAGUCGGUCCCAGGCCCCUGCGCCCGACUGGCUGCACCAAUAAACGCGAU